GGCUCCGCGGCGAAGAUGGCGUCCGGCCGGCGCUCCCCGCGCACCGGGCUGCUGGAGCUCCGCGCCGGGGCCGGUCCGGGGGCGGGCGGCGAGCGCUGGCGGCGGGUGCUGCUCAGCCUGGCGGAGGACGCCCUGACCGUGGGCCCCGCCGACGGCGAGCGCGGCCCGGAGCCCGGCGCCCCGCGGGAGCCGGAGCCCGCGCAGCUCAACGGCGCCGCCGAGCCCGGCGCGGCGCCCCCGCAGCUGCCCGAGGCGCUGCUGCUCCAGCGGCGCCGCGUGACGGUGCGCAAGGCCGACGCGGGCGGGCUGGGCAUCAGCAUCAAAGGGGGCCGGGAGAACAAGAUGCCUAUUCUCAUUUCCAAGAUCUUCAAGGGCCUGGCAGCUGACCAGACUGAGGCCCUCUUCGUGGGAGAUGCCAUCUUGUCUGUGAAUGGGGAGGAUCUCUCCUCUGCUACCCAUGAUGAGGCGGUGCAGGUCUUGAAGAAGACAGGCAAAGAGGUGGUGCUGGAGGUCAAGUACAUGAAGGAGGUCUCACCAUAUUUCAAGAACUCUGCUGGUGGGACCUCGGUUGGCUGGGACUCGCCUCCUGCUUCACCCCUUCCGCGACAGCCAUCUUCCCCUGGCCCCUCACCCCGGGACCUCAGUGAUGCCAAACACAUGUCCUUGAAGAUGGCAUAUGUUUCGAGGAGGUGCACCUCGACUGACCCGGAGCAUAGGUAUUUGGAGAUCUGUUCAGCAGAUGGCCAAGACACCCUCUUCCUGAGGGCCAAGGAUGAGGCUAGUGCAAAGUCGUGGGCAGCUGCCAUCCAGGCUCAGGUCAACGCUCUGAUGCCUUGGGUCAAGGACGAGCUGCAGGCACUGCUGGCAGCCACCAGUACAACUGGAAGCCAAGACAUCAAGCAGAUCGGCUGGCUGACUGAGCAGCUGCCCAAUGGGGGCACAGCACCUACCCUGGCCUUGCUGACUGAGAAGGAGCUGCUUCUCUACUGCCAUCUACCCCAGACCCGUGAGGCACUGAGCCAGCCAAGCCGUACUGCCCCGCUCAUUGCUACCAGGUAUCCAUGGGCAGGCUGGUGCACUCAGGCCCCUCUAAGGGUUCAGUGCCCUAUGAUGCAGAGCUCUCUUUUGCCCUGCGUACGGGCACACGUCAUGGUGUGGACACUCACCUGUUCAGCGUGGAGUCACCACAGGAGCUGGCCACCUGGACCCGGCAACUGGUGGACGGCUGUCACCGGGCUGCCGAGGGUGUGCAGGAGGUGUCUACAGCCUGUACAUGGAAUGGCCGUCCCUGCAGCCUCUCCGUGCACAUCGACAAGGGCUUCACACUGUGGGCGGCUGAGCCUGGCGCUGCCCGAGCUGUGCUGCUUCGACAGCCCUUUGAGAAGCUGCAGAUGUCCUCGGAUGACGGUGCCAGCCUCCUCUUCCUGGACUUCGGGGGUGCUGAAGGAGAGAUUCAGCUGGACUUGCAUUCGUGCCCCAAAACCAUGGUCUUCAUCAUCCACUCCUUCCUCUCAGCCAAAGUCACCCGCCUGGGGCUUUUGGCCUAGAGGUCACCAGAUGCACUAGCCCUGAAGAGAGGGUGUCUGCCACGUGGCGUGACCUGGCCCUCCGCUGACUGCCUGCUCAUCACUGGGCUGAGGGAAGGGAGAGGAAAGGAAUAAGUGUGCAAAGUCCCGGCCUCUAAGGGACUCCCUUAGAGGCUGGGAUAGUCUUGGGACUGGGAACCAGACUCAGGACACAGUGGAUCCUGCCUGUGAUGGGGUAACCUCCUAGCUGCCCCACCAUUCCCCCACCAGUGCCUUUUGCAGAGAGAUAUUUUGUGUACACAAAAGCCAUUCCGAGCCUGGGACCUGCCCCUGUGGGGAUCUUGACCCCAGACAACAACUGCCAGGCCUCCUAGAGGCCCCUACACCACCCUCAGAGGCCUCAUCUGAAGCUGGAGUUCCCUGGGGUCCAUGGCAAGAGAAAGAGGAGGAACCUUUCUGUUCAUUUCUCCCCUCAGCUCCACCACCUUGGGGCAUCGGUUUUUCUUCUCAUCCUCUCUCCUCCUUACUCUUGGGCAAAUAAACAGCCUGUGAGCACAUAGGCAACCUG